AUGAUCAUCGACGACGACCAAACGACGAUCACCACGGUUUCCCGCGAGUCGACUCCUCGGAGUCCCUCGUGGCCUCCACUAUCUCCUGAGACGUUGGCAAAGUCGCUGCGCCGAGGGUGCGGAGUGGGACCGAGCUAACGCCGAAGCUGCUGCACGUGUCCAAGCAGAAAAGGAGGCGAUCAUCAACGCCCAACUCGACGCGGAGGAACCGCUCGUUCGCCACCAAUUUGCAGAGUGGGGUCAGGAAGAUGGACAACUGCGAUUCAUCAACAUUCGUGGCACCGGCUCCGGGUCGAACAAGAAGAUGAAGAGGUCGCAAACGGUGGCCGAUCUCAGCGAUCCGAGCGACGACCCGGUCGAUAUCAAGCGCGUUCUGAACAGGGUCAAAGGUCGAGCAGGAAAGGAGGUAGCGGGUCAGGGGAAGAGGGUGACGAGGUCGAUGUCGGCGGCGGCCGGCGAUGCAGGUCGAGGGGGCCAAGGCGAAAGCGGAGAAGGGUAA